AUGACGGUUGAGGAGGAAAUAGAUGAGCUUGUUCACAUUUUGCCCUCUUUUGAUUUUUUUAACAGGUAUUACUUGAAUGUACCAGUGCAUCAACAUUUUCCCACUUAUGAAGAGAUUGAUAGACCCUCACUGAGUAGGCCUAGUUUAGUAUCUUUUGAUUCCAUUUCAGAAGUUGGUGAUUCAUUAAUAGAUGGUGUUGGUAACGGUAUCACUAACGUAAGUAUCGAUAACCUUCAUAAAUUACCUGAAGUUGAUUCGCCAUUCACCAUUGAGAUUCAUGUAACCCCAAAUGCUCCCAAAUUUGGGGAAUUGAUGGAAUCGCCUAAUCUCUUAAAAGAAUACACUUGUGGUGACGUUGUUCAUGGUAUGGUUUUAAUACGUAAUAAUUCUGAUAAACCAAUGACGUUUGAAAUGUUUUAUGUGAUGUUGGAGGGUACAAUUGCGGUUGUUGAUCGUACUCAAAAGACAAGAAGUACUAAAAACAUUUUACGCAUGGUAGAUAUGAGUGCGAGUUGGGCUCAAUUCCAUGUAGAACCAUCAGUUUCGUUGGAUCAAUGCUUUGGAAAAUUUGAUUCUUGUGAUAAAACAACUUUCGGAUUCCCUCCUAAUAAAAUUUUAAAGCCUAAUGGCUGUUAUAAAAAAUUCUUCAGCUUUAAAAUUCCUGAUCAAUUGCUGGAAUCUCAUUGUCCACACGGGAUGAGUGAACAUUUUUCCUUGCCGCCCAGCAUUGGUGUAGAUAAACAUCGCAAGGGAUGUAAUUUUAGAGACCUUAAAAUCAACCAUCUAUUGGGUUAUGGUAGAGCUGAAACUAGAGGUGGUCCAAUUUGGGCGGAUGAUUUGGCAGAUGACGACGUAUGUGUUAAUUAUUCAGUCAAGGCAAUUUUAGUCGGUAGACACAACAAGACCAAAGAAUUAUUUAACAUGAGGCAAGCUGAAUACAGUAUCAGAGUUAUUCCAACGACUCAUGAAAUGAUGUCGAGACAAAAAAUGGAUUGUAGCAGUGAAUUAGAAUCAUUGAGUAGAGAAAACGAAUCAAGCAUUUCAAAAUUGGAAUUGGUUAAGAGGAAAUAUGAUGAAAAGGGAUUUGUUACUAGUGAAGACCUGGAGUUAGACGUUUUCAGGUCGAAAGAAUCCCAAUUAAGAUCUCUUUCGAAAAGCUUUGAUGCUAAUUGGGAGAAAAGAUCCGGUACGUUAGAAGUGGGAUUGCUUUAUAAGGUCGAACCCAAAUGGACUGCUAAAUUCAUUAAUAGUCCGCAACAAAAGGCAGGAAUCAUAAUAGGUAGAAUACGAACUCCACAUGUUGUAUUACCUUAUCGACCACCAAUAUUAAUUGAUCAUCGUAAUCGUUUCGAAAUGAAGACUAAAUAUGAACGAGAAAAUGUGACAAGGUUGUCCCAACUAUCUGGUACUACUAUACAAGAUUUAGAGAUUGAAUUGGAAUGUAAACCCGCCAAUAAUAGUGAUGGUAAGCCUCCUAGUAUCAAUACUAUCUCAGCAGAAUUAAUAAGUGUUACAGGUAUGUCCAAGAGGGAUAUUCCGAUAAGAUUGAGUAAUAAAACCUUGCUGCAUGAGAGGGAAGAAAUUAGGGCUAAGUUUCAAGUAUAUGGAAAACGUUUAGAUGAUCUUCAAUCUUGGUACAUCCAUUGUAGUGAUAACAUUGAGCCGCCACUAAAACAGAUAGUCCGUGAAUCAUUACGUGCAGAUGUACUAGGUAUGGAAUCUUUGCAAGUAAAGGUUAAUCAUGUUCCGCUUCUCGUUACCCAAGUUAACUCAACCGAUUGGAACUCCGAACUACAGAGGCGCGUUACCGUAAAUCUUAAGCAACCCCCAUUCAAAAGUGGUGUUAGCGGGCCCAUAAUGCCACCAAGUUUUGCUAGUUGUAUGUGCUUUAGAUCCUACACGGUUCGUCUCAAGCUUCAAAUGGAUCAUGGUGUAGGACUUUUGCAGCUUGAUGUUCCCAUCGACGUUAGAAACGUCGCUGCGCGUGCAGACCAAAUAAAUCCCUAUUAA